AUUAGGCUUGGCAUGGACACUUUUGGGGCAUUUUUGGCAUCAUUGGAUAGGAAAGCUAAUAACAGACAGGAAACGAGGAAAGUAGAGAGCGAGGAAAGAUGUGCAGCAAAAAGGUCAAGGCUAGGAGUCGCACCAGCGGCCGAUGUGACCACGAUACAUGGAGCGCUUUAAACACUGGGCUAUUCAAAUAUUAAAGUAUUUAUUUCAUGCCAAAAAUAAGCAGUUGGUCUGAAGUUGAUAAGACAGACAGAUGAAGAAGAAGCAGCAGCUGAUAGUGAGACAGCUGUAGUAACUCUCAGUGAGACGAUUAAACAUUUUUAAAAACGACAGUAAAAGAUCUUAAAUCAACUUUAAAAGCUUGUGUUUUAUUUAUUUCCACACCUAAGUGCUUUAGAAGGACAGUUUUAGGGUUAGUGACCCUGAUCAUGAUGAAUGAAUAACUGAAGUGUGUCGUCUGAAUUAGUCCAGAGAGCUGUGAGUAAAAAUAACUCCAGUGUGUCGGAUAUUUACGUCCGUCAAUCUGUAAAAUAUUCAAACAUUAACGGCGGUGAGUGAGAGAAACACAAAGAUCGUCACCAAAGGUGGUCAGACAGCCAGUCGGAUCAGGAUUAGUGAAGCGCUGCCUGUUGUUGUAAACAUCGGAGCGUCACAUUCAGCAGAAACGGUGAAUCAGCCCGAUGACGCUGAGAACUGUAUCCAAGGCCGCCGACAAAUGGAGGUAUAUCACCUGCUUUAACCCUGAACCCUGAGCGACAGCAAGAAGCCAUAUCAUCUAAUGAGUCAUCCUCUUUACAUCUCGAGCGAAGCUAAGCGACGCUUUCAGCCCACAGUGUCUGUUGUCGGCUGUUAAACAUGGUGCAGAGCUGUAAUAGUAAGGGCAGCCAUCUACUGGGGAUCAUUAGGUCUGAUGAUUACUCUGCAUGAUUGCAUAACAGCCAAAGGAGAUGAAGCUAUUUCACAGAGCCAAGUGCACCCCGUGGUGCAGAUGCGGCUCCCAAACACCCCGAUGAUAACGCCAGGAUGCCUGCUGCUAAAUAAAUUUCAAAAGUGGCUUAAUGAAAACCAGGAGAAGAAGAAGGAGCCGCACAUCUUUUAAUUUAAAAGACUUUGGCAUCAUUGGAGCUCCGGGAUUUGCUUUUGAAGAGCGGAUUUUCACUUUCUCCAGCCUUCAGUCAUCCUCUCAUCUCUGAGUUAUGCGUUCACGUCCCUGUACGGCGAAGGAAACAGCAUGGCUGACUUUACAGCUGCUCUGCAUCCCUCGCUCUCUUUUACAUCCUUUUCUUUUUGACCUUCUAUAUGUUGGAGGCAUGUAAUAAGUUCCCGUCUGUUAUUGAGUCUCUCUUCUUCUUCUUCUUCUCCCCUCCUCCCCCCUGAGUCUGGAAUGAGCAGGUACCUGUCUGCUAUAGGUGCAUGAUUUAUGGUGCUGAAGUCUCAUUUCUGCUCUCCAUGCAGAACAGGUGCGCUUUGUUUGGAGCUCUGGACUUGUCACCUGGCAGUUCUAUUCUUUCCUCUCCUUUCCCAAUAAGUGCAUGAAAAGCUGCUGCGAGUCGCCGAGCAGAUUUAUACCUCUGUCUCUGUUCCCGAUGAAAGCUCGGGGUUAUCUUCAGCAAAAACCUGUGGGCGUUUCUAUAAAACAAAAGCUUUUUUUCAAACCUAUAACUCACAUCACCUGCGGCUCGCAUCUUCAUGCAUAAAUAUCCAACCGUGAUUUUUAAGAGUCGCCUCAUCUGCAGGCUGAACGCAUGUCUGAGGAGCAGGAGGAGCUCGGGAAUCAAAGUCUCAUCCAGCCAAUCAGGAGCCUGCAGCAGGAGGUCUGACAGCUGCGAUCUAUCACCUGAAGACAGGUGGAGCUACAGGUGAAAUCAGAGCGAUCAGUCUUUGUCUCAGAUCGACUUUUUGAUCCUUUUUACAGACUGCAUUUUGUUCCGACCCUCAAGCUGAGAUGUGGACUCGAGUUUGAGACUCAGACUUCAAACCCUUUUUAACGGACUUUGGACCCUCAAAACCUUCAGUCUCGACUAAAACUCAGAACGGAAACACAAAGUGAAGAGAUCGUCUACGAGGGUUGCACUUCUGCUGUGAGAGUAAACACACAUUAGCGAGCAUGAGGGGUGUUCGAGUUGGUUCUGCAGGCGUGGAUGAUUCUGUAUCGACGCCAUCGUGACAGGAGCCGUCGUCACAUGUGGACAUCAGCGUGGAGAACACUGGAGAACAUCGCUGUAAACAACACAAAAGUAAAAGCUCUGAGUAGUCUAACCCUGGGAGGUCAAAGUUCCACUUCCACACGUCUGGAAUCUCUGACUGUAUCGUGAUGUGGACUCGCUCCUCGACCACUUUACAGACUUGUUUGGAGGUUCACCAUCUACAGCAUUCAGAGGGGACUUCUCCAGACUUGCUGUCACUAAGUCAGUGUUUUGCUAAAAGGCCUCCAUCUUGACUCUUGAAGGAAGGGAUGAUGAGUUUGGGCCUGUCGACCAAUCAGAGACUGUUGUUUUCAUACAGUAGCAAUCCAAUCAGCAGCCAAAGAUCAACAAGCACCAACAGAGUCAUACUCAAAUAUAUCACGUACCCCCACGUCUGAAAUCAAAGUUUAUUCAUGACUUUUAAAACUGGAAAAACUUUAUUCUGUCCCGUAAUCUUUCAAAAACACGGCGAAUGUGGCGACUUUGAUAAAACUCCACCUACGUUUAUCACCAACCCUAAACCACCGCUGAGGGUUUAAGGUUCAGGACAUUCAGAUCACUCUGUGUGAUCAGACCUGAAACUGUGUUAAUCCACCAGCUGAAGUCAGGCACCGUUCUUUUAACAUAAACUGUGUUUUUUAUGGGGACUAUUUUCAGCUGCGGAUGAAUACGAAUGAAGUGUUUGCAGCAUCGUCCAACAGGUCAGUGUUCGUAAUAAUAAGAAAACACUUCGAGGCUGUUUGUUGGUUCGUUCGCUGAAUUUGGUCAAAUAUUCUAAAUGAUGAAAUCAAUACUCUGAUUGAUACCUUCAUAUCGUGGAAUAAUAACCUUGAUCGGUGUUUCCUGAGGAUCGUUCUCCGUCCUGAACUGAAUCACACUGACAAACUCCUGAGUGGAGUUUUUUCUAGAUGAGAUAUGGAGCUUCUUUUGGAGGUCCCUCCUGCCAUUCAUUACAGGGGGCAUGUGCUGCAGCAUGGCGGCGGCGUCGCCUCCUAACAGGAACUUAUCAUGUUCAGACAAAGUGCCUCUGACAGGCGGUUCAGGGUUUAGCAGCCGCCGUGCUGCGCCGGGUCUCCCCUGGGGUAUUUCAUCAAUGCCUCCCGUAGAGACGCCCAGCGACGCACAGCCGAUCCCGUACUCUAAUGAUGCCACACACUGCGCUCUGAUUGGCUGCGAGGAGGCUGAGGUGAGCUCUGCCAAGGUCCAAGAUAGGGCGGCGUGGGCGCUGUGUGGGGUUUGGAGGGUGGCGGGGGGGGGGGUGAUGUGGGCAUAAUUAGACUGUUGGGAGCCAUGGUGAUAAUGGCCGUGCGCGGAGCGAGGGAGAACAGGGAAAGCACUUUAAUUGAGAUAUAAAAGACUCGCUUCCAAGGGCACUUCACAGGGAGAGAGAUGCCAGCGCCAAAUGCUUACUCAGUGCAAACACCAAACAGUGACGCACGGCCCCUUAGUCUGGAUUUAGAGCGCUGUUUACAAGACGGCACGUAAUUAGUUCCUAAUUGAUGUUGGCACCUCAUGCUUACUUUCUUAGUGUUUCACGAGGAGAAGGAGGCAAACAACACAUGAUUCAUCCCAGGCUGUUUGCAUAAUCCGCCCGCCUUCUUCAUCAAAACUGUCGUUGCCAACGGAGCGUCUCCAUCCGCUCUGACCCGCUCCGGAUUUGACUGAAAGAGUCGUUAACGUGUCUGGGAAGGUGAGACUGUUUCAGAGGUUUUCUACUACACCUGUGGGCCCAGACGGAGGAUGGGCCGAGUCCGGCUCAGGAGGACAGUGAUUGGCUGUCAGACAGAUGCACAACUGUAGGCCACGUCAAUCAGUAUGUUUCCAUGACACUCAAGAAAACAGAAUUAUCGCCUUAUUCCGAUUAAGACCGGACAACUGAAGUUCAUGUAAACACCUUAGUCCGACUAUAAUCGGAGUUUGAGAACUCAGAUUAAGACACCCAGAUGAUGCGAUUGGAAUUCGACUUUCUCUACCAUGUAACCAGCGUAGUCGGAAUACGAUUGGACAAUGCAUGUGCGUGUGUGCCACGCCCCCGUAACCCCGGAUCAAAACCCCCAGAGUAGAGGAGUAGCGUUGGUCUCAUCUUUAGAAAAAGUAGCGCGUCCAUCAUGUCGGACAAAAACAACGCUGUACGAUGCUCCAUCUUCUUGUUUCUCCAAAAUGCCCAGCAGCAGUUGUAGACACUUCUGACGUCUGACACUGACUUGCUGUUGUUGUUGACGGUUGUACGGGGUCGGAAACAGCGCCGCUGAAAAGACCCAUAUCGCCCCCUAGUGUUGGGGAGGAGGACACGUUCACGUCAAUAAUUCGAUUCUCUCAGCUGCAGGUAUAUGAGGACAAAAAGAAUGUGGAUGUAGACAGACUGAGUGAGACAUGAGAUGAUGCAGGAGCCAGCUGCAGCUUUACUCUGUCCAGGAUUCAAAGAACAUCCUGAUGAGGAGACUUUACAAAUACUAAUGACAGAUAUUUGCUUGUUCGCUGCAGAUUUCUGCAUUUACCCCUGAGUUUUUUUUCUUCUGAGAACCUGCAGAAAUGUUUGAGGAGCUGUGUGUUUCAACGUAACAUCCUAAAGUUUAAUUUCUCUUCUUCCGACUGACAUAAACAAGCGUCUUUGUAAAAUGUCACGUGUGAAAGAGACCCAUGUCCCUGUUCUGCAUUUCCGGCCCAGAUGGGUUUAUUUUCCAGCAUUUGCACACAAAUAUUGUCUUGUCCUGUCUUGGCACAGUUUGUAGUAAUCAAAUCUAAACGAAGCUUAAUUUCUGAAACAGGUGUAUGCAGAUUAAUGUAUUAGAGAUGACUCAGUCUGGAUGUGAAAACUCAGGAGACAAAACACCUGAUUAAACACGUGUUUCCACCUCCUAACUCCAGGUCUGUCAUAAAAGAGGAGAAGUUCACCAAGUUUGUUUUAUUUAAUGUAAAUAAUCAUGAGUGAGUUUCAUUUAAAGUCAGUGUAAGAGUUCGUGUUCUUGUUCAGCGACUGGUUUUACAUGAAAAUCUGACAAAUGGUGUGAAGAAGAAGCUCUCCAUCAUGAGCAUUUCUGAGCGCGAGCUGAAACACUCUCAAAAACAACUUAUUAUUUCCUCUUUACAAACAUCUCUACAAUCAGCACCUAAAUUAUUUUAUAUUAUUUUUAUUUUUAUAUGAUUCCAACAGCUUUUUAAAAGUGUAUUUAUUCAACAAAUUUAAAUUUGAAAACUUGAAAACUGGUGUUCGUAGUUCUACAAACGUUCAUAUGUAUGCGCAUGUUUUGACGACAGACUCAUCUUCACCACACUGAGUGAUGGGACUCAUGGGAAAUGUAGUCUUCAUGCUGGAUAGAUAUGAAUCCAUGAACCCUCACAAUGCUUUUAAAUGUAACAGAGUAGAUCUUCUUCAUAACUGCAUGCUUGACUCCUCCGUGAAUCUUAAACCC